AUGGCAAAGUCGAAGGGCCCAAGCAGAGGCGAUGCCUCCAUCCAGGCCUUCUUCCCACCAACUCCCAGUCCCUCACCCACCAAAGCACCGACACCUGCACAAUCAAGCUCUGAAGCACCUAUCGGCGACGGCUUCACCACCGAAGAGGUGCAAGAAGCGUUGAAGCCAAAGCCUGCGGAGCCCUGGCAACCUCAGGUCGAGUAUACCGAGUUCGAGAUUCGGGAUCUGGAGCCAGGCCCGAAGACCGUCGCGUUUAUGGGACGAGUGGCGAACAUCUAUGAUGUGGUCAAUACACCAAAGACUCCAAGGUCUGCGAAGGGGUGCCUGAAGUUGUAUGUCAAGGAUGACAAGGGUGCCAUCAUCGUUCGCCUGUGGUAUGCCAGUCAACCGCCGAAUCUGCGCCUGGGCUCGCUCGUGUCCAUAUGGACGAAUCAUAUUAGCAAUGGCGAGAAUGGGACGCUGUCAAGCGCCAGUGCGCCAUUGUUCGCUUCACUCUUUCCAGAACGAGAUCGAACUUGCCAUCUCAUGGUGCAUGAGAAUAGCGACAACGGGACCAUGUACAGGCUGCCUCUUGGUUACCGCCGAGGAGCUCCACUCAGUGGUGUAAUGACACUGCAGAACUUCGUCGACGGAGGCUACGAGAUUGUCGAUGCGAAGAUACUGGUCGUCGUGAAGAGUAUCGGCCAGAGGAAGAGAUUCACCCGUAAAGACGAAAGCACGGUGGAGAACGUUAAUCUGCAAGUGCAAGACGACACUGCGGAUGCUACUCUCGGGCUAUGGGGCAGCUCGGCUGCAGCACCGUUCGGUUUGCCAUUCGCCAACGAAGUGAACCCAGACGCCGUGAUCGCGAGGGAGCCGUGGAAACCUGGCGAGACGAUACUGCUGUUGCAAGGGCCGGGAUGGAAGCUGGGUCGCACUCUCUACCUAAGCAUAACGUCCACCACCAUCGUGGACGUCGACCCAAACAUCCCCGACGCAAAAUGGCUCCGCAAAUGGUCGUUACGUCAAAGAAGCCGCGAGGCAGUCAACCCACCUUUCCCAGAAGAUGCCUUCGACCUCUACGCAAUCCAGAACGGGCCAGUACGUUGCCUCUUCACCAUCGCAGAACUAGACGAGUUCGCACGCGCUGCGCCGGCGGAGACCUUUCAAGGCUACCUCAGCCUCCUGAUCAUGGAAGUCAAGCUAUUGGACUGCUUCAAGCGGCAGAUGCUGCUUAGCGGUGAUUGCUGCAAUAUGUCCAUCUACGCCAAUGCAGUGACGGCAAAGUGUAAAGGCUGUAAGAAGGUUGUCAAGUUGCGCCUCAGCCCAAGAAUACUGGGACAGGUACUCGAUGAGACAGCGGCGAUCUCUGGAAGCAAGCUGCUCUUCAGCGACAGCGCGUGGCGAGACUUGCUCGGCAGAGGACCGGAGGACCUUCUAAAGUUGACUGUCGAGCAGAUGAAGUAUCUUUCUGAUCGGCUGCUGUUCUGUCGCAUUACGGUGAUGUUUGGCUGGGCUGGGGAUGAGAGCAAGGCUGGUGGAAGGAUAUGCGUGCUUGGUGUGCGCACUCCGUGA